AUACCAGUGUACAGGGGAUUGGAUACAUCAAAAGGCAAGGUCAAGAGCUGUAGACUCAACUUGUCCACUGAGAGCUGGUGCUAUACCAUGUUCUUAGAGACUCUCAGUGGACAAACCGGUGCUUACAAACUCAAUCUUGCGUUUUGACAGCAGGUUUGAAGGAAGCUCUGGACAACGGAGAACGAGCAGCUUCAUUGCUCAGAGCAGCAUCACAGUAGGAUGCGCUUGUUCACUCCCAGCAGAUGAGUUGCGAGGGCGAGCAAGCGGUGACCACGCGCUUAGUAAUCGAUACACUUGCCAGCAGGUAUAAAUUCAAAGUCGAGCUCAGCAGUUUCCCUUCUUUUUUUCAUCCCUGUCCAGAUUGUUGGUUUCUGCUGACAGUGGUUCAGGGUGUGACAGUUUCUUCGAAUUCAGUCUGUCCUAGUGACAUAAUUUUUGCUUUCAUAGCUGACAGAGACUAUCUCUGUGGGCAUACACUUUUUCAUCAGUGUCUUCUGGUCUUUGACUGGGAGCUGGAGAAGAAUUGGCGUGAUUGGUGUUUGCGAAUUACACUUGACAUCGCAUUGACCUCGCAACAGCACCGUUAUGCCAUGUUUGCCCGCAAGACCAGAGCGUCCCUUGUAGCACAUGGAAGGCAGCAUGGAGCGAAGCGAUGCUGGGUCUCCCAUCAAGAUCAGAAACCAGGUAAACUCAUCGUGUAGAUGCCAUGACACAGAACUAGCUGGGAGUACUCUAGGAUAGAUCAGACUCUCCGGCGCAGGUUCUUAUAGACGCGGACGACGCAGAUGUCCUCUCUAAAGAAUCACAGGACAUCUGGCGAGGGCCUCUUGUGGUGAUUUCUCGACUGGA